GGCAAGUUUUUUCGACGCUGUCAAAACAGACGAAUCGGCGUUUUCGUAUUUUCGCUUGUCAUCCGUUUGUGUGUAAAAGUUAUAAAGUAUUUUGUUUCUAAUAUAAUUUAUCAUGGCUUUAGUAGAUCUUUGUGGUUUGAAUGAGAAAAUCAACUUGAAUCCCAUCAAUUCCCUCGUGUCUUUCGAAAAUGAUGUGAUUGGAUACAGUCAUAAUUUCGCUCAUAGCACACAACUUGCUAUGCCACCAUUCGCUAACCCUGCAGAAACACUCGCACAAUUCAACUCAAAAGACGAGACGGGACGUGAAAUAAAAAUACAAUUCGACCAUGGUACCACUACUCUGGGAUUCCGCUAUCAAGGUGGAGUGCUGUUGGCCGUGGACUCGAGAGCGACUGGCGGCCAGUUCAUUGGAUCACAGACAAUGAAGAAAAUUGUUGAAAUCAAUGACUAUUUACUUGGAACACUUGCCGGUGGAGCUGCGGACUGUGUGUACUGGGAUCGUGUGCUCGCCAAGCAGUGUCGCCUGUACGAGUUGCGGAACCGCGAGCGCAUCUCCGUCGCCGCUGCCAGCAAACUCAUGGCCAACAUGGUGUACAACUACAAGGGAAUGGGGCUCAGCAUGGGCAUGAUGCUUGCCGGCAUUGACAAGAGGGGUGCACAGCUGUACUAUGUAGACAGUGAAGGCACGCGCACCCCAGGCAAAGUGUUCUCUGUGGGUUCAGGGUCUGUGUAUGCAUAUGGUGUGCUCGAUUCUGGCUACAAAUGGGAUUUGGCUGAUGAGGAGGCACAGGAGCUUGGUCGCCGCGCCAUCUACCACGCGACUCACCGCGACGCGUACUCGGGCGGUAUCAUCCGCGUUUACCACAUUAACGACAAGGGCUGGGUCAACAUCUCCAACGAAGACUGCUCCGAGCUCCACUACAAGUACCAAGCCAGCAAGAGUCAAGAAGAAUAAGUUGUAUUUUUAUAAUAAAUAAUCUUAAUGAAA